GGCAGCAAAACCGUGGCUUAUGAAUACAAUGAUCUUUCUAACGAAUAUAUCUCAUCAGACUGUUUACGCGCAAGAACAAUGACCCGCUGGUUUUGGUGUUUGCUGUGCGUGAUUUUAUAUCUCAGGAACGUUCAUUCUAAAGUCGGUUUGUGCGAGGUAGAAGGAGGACAAUCGAACAUCAUCCUCGAUAUUGAAGAAAGUAGAGGAAAUGCGAUCGAUCAGAAGACCGUGCCGGAAGAGCUUCCGGUGUCCGGCGAUCCUUAUAACGAGACUAUGCUGGAGCUUCUCUUUCCUGGAAAAGAGAUCCCUCUUUUUAAAUUGAACGGCAAAAAACUUCAACUUCUCAAGCCAUUGGACAGAGACGACGAAAAUCUCUCACAUGUGGUUUUUCAGUUGAGCUGCACGGUGAAGUUAACCAACAAAAAGCGGACGAUCCCGAUGAUAGUGAGAGUGUCCGACAUCAACGAUAAUGCGCCGAAAUUCAUUAACACGCCGUAUGAGACCACUGUGCCAGAGCUCACUCCAGUCGGUUCGACAAUCUUCAAGAACGUCGACGCAAAGGACGCCGACGCCGGUGUCAAUGGUAUUGUCGAGUACUCGAUUGCACCUGGCGAUGGCAGUAGAAUUGGUAGCAACGAGGGUGUUGGGCGUAACAGGAUCACCACCGUCGAUGGAUACGGCUAUUUCAGCAUCAACCUGCCGCACCAGGGACAGGUCACGGUCAAUCGAACACUUGAUUACGAAAGGACUCAACGUUAUCUUGUCACCAUCUUGGCAUCGGAUCGGGCGAGGAACGUCUCCGAAAGAUUCACAUCCACGACCACAUUGACGGUGAACAUACGGGACGAUGAUGAUCAAGAUCCAUCCUUUAUUUACCAAGGCUGUAUGCUUUUGGAUGGCGCCUGUAUCAAUCCGGAAUACUCCGCGUCGGUUUCGAGCGGAGUACUAUCUGGCAUACUCAAUAUCUCGCCUGAGAAAAUACAAGCGGUCGACAUGGACAGCAUAAACGCGCCGAUUCACUAUUCUUUCCUCAGCGGAAAUCCGCCGAAUUACCGGGAUUUCUUUGAAAUCAAUCCUAAUACCGGAGCGGUAAAACAAGUCAAAGCCGUUGACACGACGGUAACCAAGAAGUUCGAUAUUAUUAUUAAGGCGGUUGAAGUGUCGGAAACAAAGCGGUCUGCUACCGCAAAAUUAGCAAUCACCGUCAAGCCGGUCGACAGUAAUCCACCCGUUAUAACGGCGUCAAACAUCGAAGGUUUCGUCGACGAGAAUGCUCCGAUCGGCACAAAGGUCAUCGAUAAAAGCGGGAAUCCCAUUGUGCUCACCGUGUCGGAUGCUGAUCUGGGACCAGACGAUCCAAAACCGGCGUAUACUUUCGAACUGACUACAAAUUUCUUUGCGAUCGAUCCGUCCGGCAUUCUUGUCGUGAAUGAGGAGAAUUUGGACCGAGAUCCUCCGAGUCCUGGCCGCUUUCGAUUCCAGGUUGUCGCCCGGGAGAAAACGGGUGUGGCUGCGUCUUCACCUCUAUCGUUUGUCGUAACGUUGAACGAUGUUAAUGACAAUGCGCCUCUGCUUCCGAUGAUGGCACCCAUCACUGUUCAAGCGGGAGAGACGAAGAGACAAAUAGCGAAGGUGGAAGCCACGGACAACGACGAGGGUGAAAACGCCGAGAUAACGUACAGUAUUUAUCACGUGUCAAACAACGGCUUGCAUAAAUUCAAGAUAGAUCCAAAGACCGGAGUUAUCGAGUCCGUGAGGAAACUUAACGCUGGCGAACAGUACAGCAUCACAGUGCAGGCCACCGACAAAGGUGGCAAGUACUCGCAGACAAUCGUCGAGGUGAACGUCAUUCCCGGGCCCAACACCAGAAGCCCCGUGUUCCAACAACCGGUGUACGAGGUGCAAGUCAGCGAGGGAGCCUCCAUCAAUUCCACAGUUGCGACUAUCACUGCCACUGAUCCAGAAAACGACCCGGUGUCGUACUCGAUAGUAUCGGGAAAUGACUUGCGCCAGUUUGCAAUCGGCGACAAAUCAGGCGUUAUUACCGUUAUAAGGAAGUUGGAUAGGGAGGACCUGACCCGGUAUCAAUUGUUGAUAAAAGCUGAGGAUACCGGUGGGCUCUAUAGCACUGCGACGGUCAAUAUUAUGGUUACCGAUAUUAACGACAAGAAUCCCGAAUUCGUGGGUCUCCCUUAUGAAUUUACCGUCAAGGAGAACGAAGCACGUAAAUUAAUUGGCCGCGUGCAUGCUGAAGACGCCGACGAAGGUAUAAAUGCCGAAAUCACUUAUUUCGUACCUGACGAUAUUCCGUUUACCGUGGAUCCCGAGACUGGCGAUGUUCUGACGAAGAUAGUGUUGGAUUACGAGCAGAACGAUGAAUACAAAUUCGUAGUGACUGCAAGGGAUGGAGCCCCCGAUUAUCGUUUGGCAACUGCGACAGUCACAGUGAAAGUCAUAGAUGUCGAGGACGAGGUUCCGGUCUUUCACCAAAGCAGUUACGAGGCACGUGUCAAGGAAAACGUGCCAGACCAUAAUGUAAUUCAAGUCACGGCCGAUGAUCCGGACACAAAGAAGCAAAUUACGUACAUGAUCAAACAAGGAGAUACCGAACUCUUCAGCAUAGACUCGAAGACUGGAGUAAUAAAAACUAUCCGCGGUCUCGAUUACGAAAGCCAAAACCAGCACGUACUUAUCAUAGGCACUGAGGAGAACACUAGCGAUCUACUUGGCUCCACCACCCGCGUUGUUAUUAAUGUUCAGGAUGUGAACGACAUUCCACCGGUAUUUACAUCGGUACCACGUCCGAUUACGCUGGACGACGACGUCCCUAUAGGAACGACCGUAAUUGAUCUUGUUGCUGCGGAUUCCGAUGGAACCGCUCCGGGAAAUCAGGUUCGAUAUGAUAUCAUUGGCCGCGGCAUCGCCAGCAAGUAUUUCGUAAUCGAUCCCGAUACCGGCGUACUCCGAGUACGAGAUGACUUGCGCAAGGAGACUGAUUCCGAGUAUCAGAUCGACGUGCUAGCAUACGAUAUGGGAGACCCACCAUUGUCGUCCGAGACCACUGUGACAGUCUACGUACGUCACGUGGCGACGGUUCCGCCGGAGAUCGGUUUGGGUUUCGCGGAGAACUCGUAUAACGUCGAGGUGCCCGAAGACGCGGGCGACAACACGCUAAUAAAGAUAAUCACUAUCAUCAACAGUCACGCGUACAACACCACGCCGCUCAGAUGCGAGAUUUAUAGCGGCAAUGAAGAAGGCCUGUUCGAAGCGAACGUUACGAAGGAGCGAAAUUGCGCGCUGAGACUGAAGAAAGGAGCCCUGGAUUAUGAGACGACGGAAUCUUACCAGAUUAAGAUCAAACUGGAAUCGCUUUCAGGCCUUUUAAACUCAGGCAGAAAUACGACGAUGGUAAAGAUCCAGGUGCUGGAUGUAAAUGAUAACAAGCCCGAGUUUAUUUUCCCGGAGGCGAGUCAGAAGCUCACGAGAGGACGUUAUUUUGCGGCGAUUCCGCGCACCGCGCAAUUCGCGUCCACUGUCAUACAAGUGAAGGCUAUCGAUAAAGAUAAUGGCAAGUACGGCAAGCUGGAGUACAAAAUUCUGGAAGGGCGAGGUUCCGAUUACUUCACGAUCGACGGCUCCACCGGUAUAAUCAGGACGACGGCGACGUUCGACCACGUGGAUACAUCCGAGCUUCCCUUUAAAUUCGACGUUCGCGUGCGCGACAAUCCUAACUCGAUUGACAACUACAAUUCCAUUAUCGCGCCGGUGAUCGUCAAUCUUAUCGGGGAAGAAAACCUAAUGAUCCUUGUGGUGCAAGAUGCGGCGCCGGACGUAUUGCAAAAAGAAGCUGAUAAAAUAGCAAACGUAAUUCAACAGACGAAGAAUGGCACUAUCGAGACGUUCCCGCAGGACUCCGAUGUAUGGUUCUACGCGAUCGAUCCGGAUACCGAAGCUAUAUUAAAUAGAAACAGUACCAAAGUACAGAGAUCUAUCAUGGAUAAAUCAGCCAUGUCAAAUAUCACCUUUGACGUGUCUACGUUAGUGCGGGCAAAUGCCAUCGAUAUUCAUGCACCCGUGAUGCCACCCGAGCCAGUUCGAACACAAACGGCGGUCGCAUUCAGCGGCGAGGUAUUCCCGUACGCGCUAAUCAUCAUCGCGUGCGUGAUUUUGAUCCUCGGCAUUGCCGGUAUCAUAUACAUAUGCGUCUCCUGGUCCAAGUAUAAAGCGUAUAAGGAACGUAUGCAGCGCAUGUAUGUGGUGCCACGAUACGAUCCCGUUUAUGUGGAACCCAAUUUGAAGGAAUACGAGACGCAAGUGCUUCAGAUGAGCGUGCCGGUUGACGACAACGAUAGCUGCAACGACUUACAAUUGGAUUUCAGCAAUAAAAAUCAUGCGUUUAGUCUGGACAAUGUCAGCUACAUCACCAAAGAUCAUGGAGACAGUACCGGCCAACAAAGCCCCGUUAGUUCCGAAGCAGCGACCACGGCACGAGCAUCCAGUAUUGUCGGCAAUCACGGCGAUACCAAUAUUCAUUCCCUACGACGGUCCACACUGGGCCGAAAGAAUCACAGUGCGAGCAACACGAAUACCCUCAACAAUCGCGACGCGACACCGGUACUUAAUCCCUUGUACAAUCACGGCGGUGAUCUGCUGAGCCCUAGUCCGUCCAACGACAAUGUUACCUUCAGGGAGAGGAAGGAUUAUUCGCAUCUCGGAUUCACGUAUCUGGGCGAGCAAAGUCCCGUGGAAACCACGACAGAAUUGUAAGUCUUACUCCGAGAGACGAUGUGCGAAUGUUACUUUAAAGACUGCCACCGAAUUAUACGCGAAAAAGAAAGAUUGAGAUAUAAUCUCAUAAUGAUAUAACUUACAGCAUCCUGUAAUUUUUACUUUGGUAUACAUUUACUUUGUAUACACGAUAAGAUGAACAACUGUGAUGGAUACAACAUUUUUUUCACAUCAAAGUUCAAUGAUAAGAUCAAUGAUAAGAUUUAAGCGUUAAAAAAUUUCAAAUCCCACGCGUAAAAAUCCUAUCAACGAAUAUUUUCUCGCAUUUACGACAUAUGUAAAAUCAAUAUUCACCUAUCCUUCGCAACGAGCGGAUGUAACUCUUUUUGCAUUUAAUUUUGACAGAUGCAUGAAAUAUGAUGACGAGAAGAAUUCUUGACGCUACGUAGCAUUUUUUUCCUGACGCGUUAAGCAACAUUAAAGAGCCAUACGAAGAGCAUAUGAAAGCUUAUAAAUAGUUGAAUGACUUUGUAUCUAUAUGUUCUUCCUUUCAUAUGUCAUCUUCUGAAUGUGUACCUGCUGUGCUGAUUCAGCGCGCGCAAUGCAGCCGCGGAAUUCCCGGUGGGACACAUAUUCUGAACGAGUUGUUCCGUAUGUGAUAUCCAUAAAAGAACAGUGUAUAGCGUUUCAGAUACGACGGAACGACGGCGGAACGAGGCCGUGAAAAUAUCGCACGCGUAAAAGGCGACUGUGAAAGAGAGCGCGGAUAUUCUUUAGAGCCAGCCGAUAUUCCGCGCGAUUUAUUUUCAAUUCAAGCAUCGCGUUUUCACGUUGAAGCCGAUAGAGCUUUUGCUAACAAAUUGCAAGAUUACGAAUAAUCGCAGCGCCUCGAAUUAAUUAUCGCAAGCCAUUACGCGAUUGUAUACACAGAUAUGAAAUAGUUGCCGUGCAAUAACUGAGUCUCGAUUAAUUUCAGAAAAUUAAUUAAAUAAUUUUUCAUAUUUCACUUGUGUGUGGACUCUCAUCAGUUGUGUGAUGCAUAAAUGUACAUUUUAAUCAUAGAAAGAGAGAGAGAGAGAGAGAGAGAGAGAGAGAGAGAGAGAAUACCACUACGAUUCAAGUUGUAGACUUAAGUUUCGAGGACGAAGCUAUACUUGUUAUAUUGUACGAACGGCGUGUAAUACUUGUGAAUGUCUCUGCGCGAGUCCCGUCGGCUCGUGCGACCUUGUAAAUGAUCGAUCUCGAUCACGUUGUGUAUUAUAUAAUACUUUUUUUUAUUUAUACGAUCGCAUGUUUGCUCAUGUCAUUCUAUUGUAAUCACAAUUAACCGAGGCGAUGACGGUGGUGCAUACUGUUUGUACGUGAUCGCAGGAAUACCGAUGAAGUUUCAUGGCAGUUGUUGCGCGUUUCCACCGCGACUUGUUCGCCUCUUGUUCACACGACCGCAUCAGCGGUAAUUAAUGACUGCCAUGCGGAGAACGCGUCAUCGACACCGUGACGAUGUAAAUGGAGAGCGUACUUAAUUAGGCACGCGUAAUUGUCCAUUUCCUUUUGCAGUUUUCGACCACGCUAUCCGUGGUCAGACUUUGUGGACUGAAAGACUUUGUCGACAGAUCCGCGGGAAGAUGUUGGGAGUUGGGUGAAGCCCAACGUGACGUUGAGAUGAAUUGCGUAUAUGAUACGACUUGAUUGAAUGUAUAUCUCUAGUCGUAUAAAGUAGGCGUCCACUGCCGUGCAAUUUAUAAGCUGCGUUUUAUACUGAAAGAGACAAAAAGAAAUCACUGUAUGUACGUGUAUGUACGUGUUACACGUGUUCUCCGAUUAUAGCGUUGAUACCUUUACUCGUAUAGUUGUAUAAUAUUUAAGCGCGAAUUCUGUAAAAAAUUGUUAAUACCUAAUAAUAAAUUUAUUAUAUUUACAUAAUGAUGGAGUUUUUGUUUACAAUACCAACGCUCCACAAAAAUGUUCUUUCGUCGAGAACACACGACCGUUCUGCCGAAUUAUUACGUAAACGUUAUUUCUAGUUUAUUCAAGUUUUCACACAGCUGAAGCAACUUUGUCUGAUUCUCACGUAAUAUGUUUUGCAUUUUCGUACAAUAAAUCAAGUCUUUGAAAGGAACGUGUGGAAUAUAUUAUCUCAUACAGCAUACUUUAUUUAAGAUAUCU